AAGCGUCUGCAUUGCAUUAAGCAUACUUACCUCACAUAAAAGAAUUACAACACAGUCGGUGUUUACCUUUACCUUCAGUAUGCGUAUGUACAUAUGUACAAACUUUUAUACGCAUUUAUAUUUUACGUUAGCACUGUUGGUUGGAAUGAAUGAAAGCAACAUUCAGUAUUAUAAGCAUAGUGCAGCUGCCCUAGUUGUUUGCUUAUCGCAAAGUGUUCGAAGAAAGCAACCUAAUCAAUUUGACUAUGUUUUCAAGGAAUCGCGACCGCUGCGACAACAGCUAAUACUUAAACAAAAUCAACACCGCCAAGCGAGCCAUACCAAGCAGCGCUUCCUCCAAUUGAAUUGCAAAUCGGUUGGCACAGUUUUGUGCGAUCGCUCGUUUCGGCAAGAGUGAUUAUUCUCAGCGCUUUUUCUCAUACGGUUCGAAGGCAAAAACAAAACCAAAGUCCAAUAAACAAAACACGACACUUUGUUUAUUUGCAAUUACAUAGAAAAUUUGCAUAAAACAGCUGAAAAUAAAUUUCUGUUGAAAUUUAUAUUUGAAAAUGUUAUUGCACGGUUCGAGGAAAGUGACCACCUGUGACACGGAGCCCGAGAGGGUUCAUGUACAAGUACAACAUAUCUCACAAUGGCUAAAGGAGAAUCCUAAUGUAAAUGCCAAUAGUGAAUAUGAGAAUUUAUUUUUCUUUCUAAGGAGCUGCAAGUAUGAUAUCGAGCGAACAAAGAAAAAAAUUAAAAAUUUCUACCAGAUGCGUGCGGAACGUGUCGAAUGGUUUGCUAACAGAGAUCCGUUUUUACCGGAAUUACAAGAGCUACUUGAGCUGGGCGUAUUUUUGCCCGUCGGUGGUGUGGAUUCAAAGAAUCGUAAGGUAGUGAUAAUACGAGCUGCCGCUCAUGAUCCGAAACUACAUUCCCAGAAUAAUGUUUUUAAGGUUAGCAAAAUGGUUUUAGAUUUGCUACUCAAAUACGAGCCAGACAAUUGUGGGCGUGGCAUUGUGGCCAUUUUCGACAUGGCCGGUGUACAGCUGGGGCAUGCGCUGCAAUUGAAUGCAAGAAUGAUAAAACAUUCCGUGGAAAGUUGGCAAGCCUAUCCAUGUCAACCGAAAUUGUUGGAGUUUAUCAAUGCGCCGACACAUGUCAAUAUCUUCUUGAACACCUUCAGAUUAUUUAUGUCACCGAAAAUGCGUUCUCGUGUUGUUGUACAAAAACGUUUAACUACAGUGGAGUGCGACGAACUACCAAAAGAUAUAGGCGGCAAAGGACCCAGCUACAAAGAGCUUGCUGUCAAAUGGAAGCAACUUGUAGAGGACAACAUUGACUUUUAUCAUGAAAAUGACAAGUACAAAAGUAAGCUGGUAACAUGAGGGUCUUGGCAGCCUAUUGGGAGGAACACCUAAGAAGUUGCGUCCAUUUCUUUUAUACUAAUUGCAUACAAGUAGAUUAUAAAAAUAUGUCAUAAGUUAGGAAUUUAGUUGAGGAAUAAAUUUAAAAAAAGAAGAGUGGGUGGGUUGAAGUGGGUGUGUUAGAAAGGGUCUUUCAAAAGAGCCUUAUUAAAAUAAAACAUAUAUGUACAAAUUUAAAUUCUUUUAGGUUUCACAAUUUUUGUUCAAAAUACGGAUCUUAACAAUUAUGUGUGAAAAAUUACAUAAUUUAAAUGACCACCACGAAUAUGUCUACAGGUAAAAUCUGCCAAACAGUUGAUUCUUGAAUGCCUGCCAUUGUUGAGAAUGUCGAGAGAUCGAUGUUGAAGCUAGUUCUUUUUAUAUUCUCGACAGAACCAGUUUUUGAAGUUUUUCAUUCAUACGAUUAUUUCCUCAAAAAAACAUCACGAGUUUUACUAAAAGUUGCUCUUAAAAAACUAUUCAUAAUAACAAAUAUCAAAGAUGGCAUAAAAAAAGGUACUGUCUGGGAUUAUUCACUACUGACAUGUGGCAUCACUUUUGAAAGACCCCUAAUAUUUCAGAUUAAUGUUUUGCUUUUUAUCAAUUUAUAUUACAUAUUAUGUGACCUUUAACAUCAUUUAUGGAAUAUGAUGUUCGUCAAGUGCCUGACUCUAGCCGUGUCGCGGAGGUGAGCUCUUUUAAACACACUUCUUUCCCAAUUUCCAAUCCUUCCGGCAUAGCGCUUACGUACUUAGACAUUCAGCAACAAUUUUUCAUGUUGACUCAAUUGACGAUCUGCCUUACUAUUACAAAUACAGUAUAUGUACAUAUAUUACCCAUUGUAUGGACAUUUUUAGAGGUAUUCGAUACACCACUAAAUGGAUUGCCUUUUUCAUACGCAACUGACACCAAAAAAGUCAAAUAAUUUUCUCCGCGUAUUUAACAUUAAAAAUCAAUAUAUACAAUAAUAAUUUCGAUUUUUCGGCCAUUAAUUUUUAUAAACUUACAGUUUUGCUUUAAUAAAGUUCGAAAGUUACACAGUAGCUUAUAUUCACUGAAUUCGGAAAAGAAGAUAGUAUCUCUCCACUUUCCCCACCCUAAUAAUUAACUUAUCGCAUCGCAAGCUGCAGAUUUGUACGUGCGCUAUAUAUGUAUGUAUGUUAAUGUAAUAAUACUUAUACAUCCGCCCUAAAUUGUAUUUAGUAAAUACUUCACCAAAAUAGAAAUUGUGAAUUAUUUUCCCUUGGUUGAUUAGACUCAUAUCAGUAUCGUUUAUUUUAAUUGGUCUCAUUUACAUAUUUAUGUAUAUGUAAAUACUAGGUAUACAUGUACACACAUUAGGGUAUAAAAAUUUAUAUAAUUUAUAUUUAUAUUAAUAUUAAUAUGUAUAAUAGCAUUUGCAUAUGUAUGUAUAUACAAUUUUAUGGGUAUAGUUGUAUACAUUUUGCGCGUGUUAUUAUAUUUUUUACUUUUUAUUUCCUUCAUGAGUAAAAACUUUUUUUUAAUUAUACACUCUGGAGAGUUGUCGGGUUCUAUUCAACCUGAUAGAAUUUAAGAAAAUUUUAGCUCAGUCGAAUUGUACAAUAUUACAGAUGGCAGAAAAAUAGGUGGAUUAUAGUAAAAUAUUAAAUAUAUAAAUAAAAGUUUUUGAUUUCUCCGUACGAAUCGAUGGAGAAGUUGGGUAAGAAAAUCAAUCUCUUUGAUAGAGUACCAUCACGUUUCUAUUUUUUUAUUGAGUUUAAGUGCCUACCCGGAACAAGGUCUGUUUUUUCGGAGUUGCCUUAGAGCUCCCGACAUUUGAUGGGUACAACCACAAAACAAGUUUAUAAAUACCAAAGAGAUUCAAAUCAAAGUGGGCUAAUAGAUAAACUCACAAGGAUAUAAAGGUUGUUCUUAAUGUUUUAGAUAUUUCAUUUUAAGUAACACAAAAGACUAGGCGAAUUUAUGUUAACCAGAACUACUUUUCGUAAGCUUUGGAAGCAAACAAAUCAAAUUAUGUUCAUGCUCAUUUGUUCUAAGGUUCGACAAAAUUCUUUCUAUUUAAAGAUCUUCAAGUUUUUAAUCGAAAUAAGGCGUUUUAUUUAAUUAUUAUAAAUUGUUAUUGUUAUUUUUAUUUAAAAGUUAUUUAUAACAAUUUCCAAAUCACGAACAAAUCUUAAAAAGAUCAUUUAAUUUCUGACUGAAGAAUAAAAGCCGUUUGUUUUCAUUGAAUCUAGAAAUACGAAUUUAGGCAGAUAACACCGGCUUACAAAUAAUUAACGAUUUCUCACUUAAGACCGCGGCCACUAAAUUCCUAAACCGAAUUGGUCGCUAAGUCUGAAAAUCUACAUAUUUUUUCAGGUCAUGUCGUUUUCGAGAGUGCGUUCUUAUUUUCAAUAAAUAGUCAGAAACAGGAAAGCGUUCCUUUACUUGAAAAUGAAAGCAGAAAUUAGAGAGUAACUGCGACUCUCUUCUGUCAGAAGUUACAAGAUUUAUUCAGAUAAAUUUUUAUUGGGAAAAUCUAGAAAAGCGUCAAACUCAAUUGACAGCUAAAAAGUGAAAAUACUCAAAAUUUGAAAGUCAACUGGAAAUGUAGCAGGCAAGGCAACGCAGUUUUGAACAUUAUAUCCGCUACAGGUGGUUACAUCAAGUGAUUCUAAUAACGAUGGCAUUUAUGAAAUCAAUAUGGAGCACUCUGAUAGCGAAGGUGAUGGUAUAUUAGAGCCACUAUUUCCAGAUAGGGAGAAUAGUAAUAGGAAAGAGCAACAUUACAAAUGCUGUUAAAACAACAGCAACAGCAACAUUAUUAUACCUACCUAUGCGGAGGUACAAUCCAAGAUGCACUUUUGCAUAUCGAAGGAAUUACACAAAAUUUGGAAGGAAAGCGAAUUCCAUAAGAGUCUACACCUUUUAAUGAAUGCGCCUUGAGCAAUAUAUAUUAUAUGAAGUGCGAUUUUAGUUACAAAUCCAAAAUUUUGUUUUGUCACGACUUUUAAUCAAUGAAAAUACAGAAGAAAUUUGUAUAUUGAACUGACCUUUGACCAACAUAAAAGUGAAGUAGCAAUAAACAAACAUUUUUUUAUAGUAGAUACAUGUAUAAAUAAAGCCAUUUGGUUGUUUUAUUAGUUUUGCGCCUCUUAGCACUGUAUAAUCGCGAAAUUCGGUAUUUAAUUUUCUAACUAAAAGGUAUGUUUUCCGUACAGUUGACGUGCUUGCCCACCUCAAUUUAUUUCUUUUAUUAAUUUUCAGAAAAUAAAAGCCUUUUUCCACGCACGCACACACACACAUGAUGAUUUUUGAACCAAAAUUUUUAAUCUCGCUGGCGAAAUAGAUGGUUGGUUAAAUCCAAUAGAUGGUUGGUUAAUCCAACUAGCGCUUCCGCACCAUUUUGUUGCCACAUCCGGCGAAAUAGAACCUAUUUGAAAAAUAUCUCAAGUCAUUAGACUUAGCAUAAAAUCUAAAAUUGCUUUGUUCGCAUUAGACUUAGCAUAAAAUCUGAAAUUGCUUUGUUCGCUAUAAUUUUUGCAAUUUAAAACAACGCACUGAAUUUUCAAUUUUGCAUAUAAAUUCACAAAUACAAAAUAAAGCUUAAAACUAGCAGUAGGUGGAUCAAGCUGAUGUUGUUACCUUGUGUUUUUUCACCCUUGUAUUUUUUCCAUAUCAUAAACGCAUAAAAGAGCUAUAGCAGCUCUUUGUUGCCAACUUUUAGACAAGUAAAAAAAUUAUCCAUCACAUAGUUUUAUAUAGGCUUCCACAGCAUUCUCAUGCAUUCAUAAAUAUUCACUUUGUUACUCUCCAAUAUUCGUAUUGGGACGAGAAACACGAAUCACAUCUGCGAUACUUUUAUAGUUUACGCGCCAGAUUAGAUCAGUUUGAGGAUUGCUAUGUAACAACCCACAUAUCCACAUACAUAUGUACAUAUACGUAUACAUACAUAUAUUUUAUGAAAUUCCUAAAAUUUGUUUUAUUGAACCUAUGAAAGCCACCAAAAUUAACCGAUAUGAAAAAAUACCGUCAUAGGUAUACAUA